ACGUUCCAGCAGCGCAGUUUCUCCACUCUGUACCGUUUAUCAGGAACGGUCAGCACCUGUGUCUCCUCUUCCAGGACCUCCCCUCAACUCUACUGUUGGACCCGCUGGCUGAGUCCUCUCCUCCACCCGCACCGUCGUUCACUUUUCACCUGGAAUUCGAGGCGCGUUAACCGAACUUACGAACUGGAUGAUCAUCGUGUGCUAUACUUACCUUCGGCUAUAAUGUCGACCAUGUCAGCCACGACAGUUUGUAUUCCCAGCACCCUGGAGCUUCAACCAGCUUAUGUGUAUCGCUCAAGGUCAUAUGAAUCGAGUUCACGUGUUUGUUUGGAACUUUUUGUACGACAACCAGCUGGGAACUCCCUUUCGCGCUUUCGAUUUGAAAGGUUGGCUUCCGAACUUCUUUCCGCCUCUUUGGAUCGAAUAGUGCUUUCUUUAAAUAAGGGAUUCGAAGAAAAAAGCAAGAAACGACCCAAAGGAUCGAACGUUACCGAUGCUCAGACGCCAGGGUUUUUUAUUUCUGAAGCCCAGAUCUUGGAGGGUGUCAACAGUGAAGACUCACAGAUUCGCUGCUAUGAAGUACCCAAAUCAAGAGCUUGGGGCGAUGUGCUCUCACCAGUUUCUGACACGCUGUCUUCUAAUGGCAUAUCGGGUCGAUCGCUGUUUUUGAGGCUUUAUGGUCCUACUGAACCCCUUACGUUUCGUCUUAUCUCGAACCCGGCCCGUAUUCACACCUGCCGUUUGGAUACUCUUCCAAUGACAAACUAUCCGGUUGUCCCCUUCGUCGAACUGGAGGACGCUAGUUUGAUGCAUUGCGAAUUCCUGUGGUUUGUUUCUAAGUCCACCAGUUGGCCCUCAGAACCGUGUCACACUGGGUUCAUUUUCACCCCCAGGCCGGAACAUCUGGGUUGUCGCCUCAGACUACGUGUUUGUCCACGUGAUGCCAAUGGUCAGAUGGGGCUCCCCUAUGGAACUAUGCGCCAGUGGUCCAAGUACGGGGAGCCGAUAGAUUGCAAAUGGCCGGUGGCGCUCGGACCAAGUCAACCAUUUCAUGAACACAGGUCGGAAGCCUUUGAAACACUCGCCGCUGUUGAUAGGCUUCGCGUCGUCAGUUACAAUUUAUUAGCUGACUUGUAUUUAUCUACUGAAGCGGCACGAGAUAUCAUUUUUCGUCACUGCCCACUGGAAUAUCUGGACCAGAAGUAUCGACUCCCACUGAUUCUACGCGAGGUUCUCUCGUACCAUGCGGAUCUGAUUUGCUUGCAGGAGGUAGACGGUCCUGUGUUUUCCAGGUAUUUUAAGCCAGCCCUGGACUAUGCCGCAGGAAUGAAUGGAAUCUAUUUAUCUAAACGAGCACUCACUCAAGUCGAGAACGAUCCUUCUCGAACGACUGUGUCGUUGGAUGUGGAAAAAGGUGAAGGAUGCGCUAUAUUUUACAACAGAUCGCGAUUAGAACUGAUUCGUGAUGCUCACAUUCCAUCUCUGAUGACAUACGCAGAAAAUGAACCUAUGUUGAGUGAACUGGUUCAAAGAAUCUCAGAGGAUGUAACCACUAAACAUGUACCUGAAGUGUUUUCAAGAGACUUCGAAACAAGUCGCGUGAAGUCCUAUACCCAUGGCUUGGUGACUGCGUUAUUCCGUUUGAAACCGGUUUCAUCCUUUGCGGUCAACAAGGAAUCACCUGUUGACCGCCUGCUGGUUGUCGGUAAUACGCACUUCUACUUUCAUCCAGUUGCUGACCGCUUCCGCUAUGUACAGGCACGCGUCGUCCGACACCAUUUAAACAAGAUGGCAGUAGCUGCGUCAGCGGAAUUCGGGCUUCCCGUCUCAAUUCUACUCUGUGGCGAUAUCAACCAGUCCCCCGAAGGUCCGGCAUACCAAGCUUUACUGGAACCGGAUGAGGUUUCCUCCACACUCCCGGUGUCGCUGAGCCUGAAGUCCGCGUAUGAGAGCGAUGCUGAUUCCUUUACGAACUGGGUACCAGGGUUUUGUGCUCUGUUGGAUGUGAUUAUGUAUAGUCCAGCCACUGGCAUGAGCUGUCUACAAACACUACCUCUGUGUUCUCGCAAUGAAAUUACACGACUUCUGUCUAAUGAUGCGGAAUGUAAACCAGUACCACGAGGAGAGCCAGUUGAUGAACAGGAUUUGUAUGCUCUACCAAACGAACAGUUUCCCAGUGAUCACCUCUCACUGGUGGCCGACUUUACUUGGCAUGAUGAAGAGUCUUCAGGACAUUGAAGAUAUUGUUCCCGCUUAUUCGUCUUCCGUAUGCCCCCUCCCAACCCAGCAAGUGUGCUUGGCAGCACAGUAUGCGAGGGCAAACCCAUUCUGGAUUUUUAUUGCAAUCAUUAUUAAGUUGUAUAAAGUAAUCUGUUGUGUAAAAAUGUAGUGGGAUAAUCGGGGGCAAUCAAACACGGUCGAUCUGUUCGCCUUCACAGGCAGAUUCC